AUGGCAUUCUAUAAUGAAAACAUGACACAUGUGACACAGUUCCUGCUUGCUGGCCUUCCAUUUCUUCAGGAUCAUCCAUUCCUCUUAUUUUCCUUGUUUCUGACAAUCUACAUAACUAUACUUACUGGAAAUGCAGUUCUUGUUUUUGCAGUGAAGACUUACCACAAGUUGCAUACACCAAUGUACUUUUUUCUCAGUUACCUUGCUAUCCUGGACAUGUUGCUUACAACUACAGUUUUUCCAAAGCUGCUAGCUAUAUUUUUACUGAAUUCUCAUGAAAUUUCUUUCACAGCAUGCUUCAUCCAGUUAUGUAUGUUGCACUCACUUGGUUUCGCAGAAGGACUACUUCUCCUCAUAAUGGCAUUUGAUCGAUAUGUUGCAGUUUGUACUCCUCUAAGGUAUACAGCCAUCAUGACUGACAGGGUUAACAUCGAAAUGGUAGCAGGAAGCUUUGUUAUAGCAUUUGUGAUUAUAGUUCCACCUAUAAUGCCUGCAACACAGCUGCCUUUCUGUGGACCAAAUAAAAUUAAUCAUUGCUUCUGUGACCAUUUGUAUGUUAUUCGGUUAGCUUGCGCAGAUAUUUCUCUCCAUGUCUCCCUGGGUUUUUCUAUUGCAAUGGCAGCUACCUUUAUACCCUGUGCUCUUGUGAUCUUCUCUUACAUUAAGAUUAUAUGUGCAGUAUUAAAGAUUGGAUCCACACAAGGACGUCAAAAAGCAUUCUCAACUUGCAGUUCACAUUUGAUGGUAGUUAUUAUAUACUAUAUCUCAAUUGCAAUCACCUACAUUGCUUAUAAAGUAGAAAAUGUGUCAGAUGAAUUUCAUGCCAUCUGCUCCAUCUUCUUCACUGUUAUAACUCCUGUGUUAAAUCCUUUAAUAUAUGCUAUAAGAAACAAAGAUGUUAAAGACGGUAUUGCAAAAUUUCUGACAGAAAAAUAA